AUGGGCGCCGAUCCUUUUCAAAUAUUCGUUAAUGGUAUCGAAGGGAAGACGACCACUUAUAAUGAAAUUACGCCAACAACUAAAGUGAUAGACAUUAAGAAAAAGGUUUUUGAUAAAACUGGUAUAAGUACCGAACAACAACGCCUUAUUUUUGCCGGGAAACAACUCGAAGAUCAUAAAACUGCUGAGGACUAUGGAAUUACGAAAUCUUCUACACUUCAUUUGGUCCUUAGACUUCCGGGUGGCGCUAAUGUGAAAAGUCAUGAUCCUGAUGGUGGUGUUGAACUAACCAACGAGCCCGAUAUGAUUACCUGGGAGGACGAUCCAGACAACUUACGUGCCAAGAUGCCAUGUGGCCAUGCUAUUGGUCCCGAGUCCCUUACUGCCUUUUGCAGAUCACUUGUCAGUGAAGGCAAAUUUCAAUUUUUUUGUCCCUAUACCAAUCUGGAAAAUGAUGCUCGUUGCCGUAAGGAAUGGCAAUAUGUUGAUAUCCGCAAGAUAGGUUUACUUACUGAUGAAGAGUGCAAAUAUUUUGAAGCCAAGAUUAGUGAAAAUUAUUCUCGCCGUGCCUUCGGUGUUCAAGAAUGUCCGCAGUGCUCCACAUUUUGUGAAAGAAGUGAUAAGGAUCGAUCAUCAGUAAUCUGCUUGAUAUGCUCAAGAAAACCAGGCGUUAAAGAAUACGCGUUUUGUUGGUACUGCCUACACCAAGUUUAUAGUUUAUGUAGCUAUCGUUGUACUAACAAUCUCUGUGGAGGUGUUGAUCCUCGCCUAGCCAUUCUUAAAAAUGCGAUCACAAAGAAAGUAGGCAACGUAUCUGGUGUACCAUCGUGCCGAGCGUGCCCUAAAUGUGGCACAAUUAUCGAACACGACAGCAAAUGCAAACAUAUGAUAUGUCCCUGUGAGCAACAAUUCUGCCUUUAUGACCCGACAACCGGCUGGAAAUGUGGUGAAUUCAAUAGUCCAUGCACUAUUGCCCCCGUGCAAACUGUUCUCCCUGAGUAG